UUUUUUUUUACACUUUCACAGGAAAGCAGACUUUGUUCUCCAUUACAAUGAGGAUUCUCACUUAUAUUUGGAUGUAUCGUAGACUCUUAUUGAUUAUUUUAACUCCACUGUGUUUGCUGCCUGUACCUCUAAUUAUACAAACAAAAGAAGCAGAAUGUGCAUACGUUUUGUUCGUAGUUGCUAUUUUCUGGCUUUCAGAAGCUUUGCCUCUUUCUGUGACAGCUUUUAUACCCGCUUUGAUGUUUCCAUUGUUUGGCAUUCUACCAUCUAAAACAAUCGCAUCUACAUAUUUCAAAGAUUUCCAUCUAUUGUUGACCGGUGUUAUUUGUUUGGCAACCUCAAUAGAAAAAUGGAAUUUGCACAAAAGGAUUGCUCUAAAGAUGGUCAUGUUAGUUGGGGUGAAUCCAGGAUGGCUUAUGCUGGGAUUCAUGUUCAGUACAGCCUUUCUGUCCAUGUGGCUUAGCAACACCUCCACUGCUGCCAUGGUGAUGCCAAUAGUGGAAGCGGUAGCACAGCAAAUCAUUAAUGCAGAAGCAGAAGUGGAUGCCAUGCAACUCAGUUCAUCGGGUGGCAUUAACAAUGAAGCAUUAGAACUCGAUGAACACAGCGCUGAAACUGAUACAAAUUAUGUUUCCGAGAAAUCCGUCAAUGGAUACAGUAAUGGAGCUGUGACUGUAUGGGACACUGAAAAAGAUGUGACAAUGGAAGAAGAAUUUCCAAGUGAGGUCAACAAUCAAAUUGAGAAAAAAGAGAUUGAAGAGGAACCACCAGCAUCAACAGAAAACAGAUAUAGAAAUAAAAAGGAUCACAUGAUGUGCAAGACAAUGUGUCUGUGCAUUGCAUAUUCAUCUACAAUAGGAGGACUGACCACCAUUACUGGGACUUCAACCAACCUGAUUUUUGCCGAGCAGUUUCAAACGAGGUACCCAAAGAGCACAGAAAUAAAUUUUGGAACCUGGUUCUUGCUGUGCAUCCCAAUCAGCGUCAUUCUUCUCAUUUUGUCAUGGAUCUGGCUGCAAUGGCUUUUCCUUGGAUUCAAUUUUCAAGAAAUGUUUAAAUGCGGCAAAGUAAAGACACCACGUGAAAUAGCUUCAGCAAAAGUGAUUAAAGAUGAAUACAAAAGACUUGGUCCUAUUAGCUAUCAAGAAAUAAUGACCCUGAUUCUGUUUGUUCUAAUGGCCUUGUUGUGGUUUACAAGAGACCCUGGUUUUAUUCCUGGAUGGUCCGCUCUCUUUCCUGAAUACAGCGGAUAUGCUACUGAUUCUACAGCCGCCUUGCUUUUGGGUCUUCUUUUCUUUAUCAUCCCAGCAUAUCCCUGGAAGAAGGCGAGUGCAGGAAAAAUCAAUAAUUUUGACUAUGUACCAUUAAUUACAUGGAAGGAAUUUCAAGCCUGUAUGCCCUGGGACAUAGCUAUUCUUGUUGGUGGUGGAUUUGCCUUGGCAGAAGGCUGUGAGGAUUCAGGACUCUCUUUAUGGAUUGGUAGUAAGAUGACACCACUAGGUUCUCUUCCAAUAUGGCUUGUCAUUCUAAUCUCAUGCUUAAUAGUGACAUCAGUAACAGAAGUUGCCAGCAAUCCAGCUACCAUCACAAUAUUCUUGCCAAUAUUGGCACCGCUGGCCGAAGCCAUAAAAGUAAACCCUCUCUAUAUACUCAUCCCUACAACAUUGUGCACCUCGUUUGCAUUUCUUCUCCCUGUAGCAAAUCCACCAAACGCUAUUGUGUUUUCAUAUGGUCAUCUACAAGUUAUGGACAUGGUAAAAGCUGGUUUGGGCAUCAACAUCCUAGGAGUUCUUGUGGUGAUGCUUGCAAUAUCAACAUGGGCAAUUCCAAUGUUCAAUCUUCAAACCUUCCCUUCAUGGGCAACUUCAAACAUCACGGCGCCUUAAGACAGACUCAACAACUAUCACCACAUAACUACCUAACAAUUUAUAGCAAUUCUGUUAAGUUUCAUAACAAUAUUAGAUAAACCAGUGAACAAUAUUUCAUUUGUAAAAAUCGCUAAGUGCCAGCUUUAAACAAAAAAAAAACAACAGAAAAACGUUUAAGUAAAUUUGCUUUUGUUCGAUGAUAUUUAGUGUGUGGCAUGCAGAUAACAUAUGCUGCGAACAGAUCAUCCCAAGCAACCAGGAGAGCUGCAUCUUCGAGGAACGGGUGGUUGGCAGGAUGAUGACACAGGUCUCAGGACAUGUACUGUUCAUCUACAGUUCUCCUGUUGCUCAGGGCAAAUAUUUAUAUGGUUAUGCAACUGAUGAUGCACCUAUGAUAAUUAUUUAUUUCAAUAUUUUAUUUCUUUGCUUUGUCUUAUCCAUAUACUUACUUAACUGCAUGUGAGUGUUCUGAUGGUCUAGCGCAGAACAGGGAGAACUGGGCUUUGUCAGCAUAUCUCUGUCUUCCAUGAUUUCAGCCAAUUCACUUCAUACUUAAAGUGUUAGGGGAGUCUUAACUUUACUUUAUUGCCUGGCUAGAAGUGGUGUUUGAUGUGCAGGGGUUUAUUGCUUUCCAUAACAACACCAAGUGAGUCUAUAGAUAUUGUUAACUCCAUGUUUUCUCUCGUGUUGCAUAUUAAUUACUAUUUAUAGUAUAUUCCGUUAUGUACUUCUAAUAAUGUAUUUCAGACCCUAAAAAAGAGCC